AAAGCGGAAUAGUAAUAAUAAUCCACUUUUAAAUAUUCGCAAACCUAAAUCUAAAUCACAUCAGAAUUCCAAUAUUGCUAAAUCAGAAGCAGAUGUAGGUCAACAUUCAUUGAAAGCCUCUUUUUCAGACCAUGAAGAUGAUUUUCAAGAAGACGAUGAUCAAGAAGAUGCUUUUUCUGACCUGCAAGAUUUCGAUAAGUCUGAUAGUAACGUCUCUUCUAAUUACUCGGAUCAGCAAGAUUUUGAUGAGUUUAGUAGUAUAUUUGAAGAAGAGGAGUUUUCAGAUAAAAUUAAAGCUGCAGACUUUAUAUUUGAAAAAUCAACAAGUCAAAAUCUUGAAAAUACAUUUAACCCAUAUUUUGCGAAUUUUACUGAGAUGUCUUUGUUUACUUGG